CAUAUCGCAUGAUUUUUAAACUUCGUUUUUUUUUUAAUAAAAUCAUUCUAUACUUAUUAAAAAUCGAUUUCGUCGCAAAUUUUACAUGAUAAUCUGCCUAGUUUAUUAGUUUGAAAGCGAUGAAGUUCAAAUCCCGCGAUAUGCAUAUUUUUUCUCGCCAUCUACCCGCCAUCUUUUGUGACGUCAUAUGCGACCUCGAGCGAGAAGGUGUGAAAACAGCUGUUAGCCAUCAUUGUAAUCGGAUUACGUUUAAUCGACCAUUUAACCAAUUAUCACUUAUCAGAUUACUGAUAACGGAACGCUAUGGUGUUUUGUGCCGCCUACGGGUGUUCAAGCCGUCAGAAGAAGGGAUGUGGACUGAGUUUUUUCAGUUUUCCAAAGGAAAGUGUGAGGAAGAAGACUUGGACGAUUUUUUGCCGCCGAGAGGGUUUUGUGCCAACGAAAAACAGCCGUCUAUGUUCUGUUCACUUUUCCAAGGAUCAGUUGGACAGAGAUCCCGAUAAACUACGAGAAAAUGGAUAUGAUGGUGCUAAAAUUCGACUGAAGAGUGAUGCCCACCCGGAUAUCCCGCUUCUUCUUCAGCAACCCCAGGCGCAACCCCAGGACGAGAAUGCCGCCAUUCGUCUGCCCCCCACGAAGCCCAGAGGAGCAUUUGCAAAGCGCCAGAGAGCAGACAUACUACGCCAAGUUCUUCAAGAGGUGGAAACGAGGAAUGAAGGACAGUGUACUGUGUCAGCUAACCAGGAAGACUGUGAAGUGCCACCCCCUGUACAGGAAGAUCCCCCACCAGCCGAUGAGGUAACUGU